CUUCUGGACACCAUAGCGAAAAUGAUCAAAGCCUUGAUCUUCUUGGCUGCAGUGGCCGCAGUUUCUGCCUCUCCUCAUGAGUUUUUAAAAUAUGUAUCAUGUGAGGGAGCUGAUAAUGUGACUUCGUGUGAGGCCGAUCUGCAAGUCUGCAAGAACCUUUUCGCAAUUGAACAAGAUGAACAAACUAGGAGACAAACAUACAAGAAAUGCCUCGACGAAAACGGCUUCAGCCAUCUGGAUGACGUGGACCCUGAGGUCCUCUUCAGCCCCACAGACGCACAGGCUCUGGCGCUCUUUGGUUCCGAGGAGAACCACCUGGCAGUGAAGCAGUGCGUCCUGCAGGAGCAUGGAGAGUUCAGGCCUGACGGAACAGUCGACCCUCAGCCCUUCCUGGACAGGCUGACUCCCGCCCUUAACGACACUCGUCCUGACCUCCUCGACCGCCUCGUUUCUGGCGCGGAGUUCUGCCCGACUGAAAACUUUAUUGAGUGGGAGGUCUGCAUCUUCAUGGAAUGCUUCCAGAGGGACUUCUCAACACCUGUGCCUACAACUGUUGUUCCUGAGGAGUAAUGGUGUGCAAUCAUUCCUUCCUCCCGUGACAAUGUGAAUGUCAUGGCAAUGUAGAUCAAUACUGUAAUGGUUGUAAAAGAUUGGAAUUAUUAUCAUUAUUUCUAUUUAUACUUUUUUCAAAAGAUCGAAAAGAUUCAGAUUGAUAUGGGCCUUAUAUUUUUUUUUCUAAAUAAUACGGAAUGACAUGAAAUUGAUAUGAAAGACCUUUCUCCGAGAUAGUUCCCCAUCAUGAAUAAUAAACACCAAUA